AUGCUGUAUGCCAAGCCCCCACCCACCAUUAAGGGUAUAAAAGGGCCAUAGAGGAGGGAGAGGCUCUACUUCACCCACAUCCACCUCCAGCAGUCUACCUACUCUUCUAUCACCUCUCCCAGCACCAUGCCGCACACCUGUUGCCUGCCCAACCUGAGCUGCCACGUCAGCUGCUCCUCCCGGCCCUGCGUGCCCCACAGCUGCCACAGCAGCACCCUACCUGGAGCCUGCAACAUCCCUGCCACUGUGGGCAACUAUGGCUGGCUCUGCCAGGGCUCCUUCAAUGGCAACGAGAAGGAGACCAUGCAGUUCCUGAAUGACCGCCUGGCCAACUACCUGGAGAAGGUGCGCCAGCUGGAGCAGGACAAUGCAAAGCUGGAGGGCUGCAUCCGUGAGUGGUGCCAACAGCAGGUGCCCUAUGUGUGCCCAAAUUACCAGUCCUACUUCCGGACCAUCGAGGAGCUCCAGCAGAAGAUUCUGUGUGCCAAGUCCGAGAAUUCCAGGCUGGUGGUGCAGAUUGACAAUGCCAAGCUGGCCUCUGAUGACUUCAGAACCAAGUAUGAGGCGGAGCUGUCCCUGAGGCAGCUGGUGGAGGCUGACAUCAACAGUCUGCGCAGGAUCCUGGAUGAGCUGACUCUGUGCAAGUCCGACCUGGAGGCCCAGGUGGAGUCCCUGAGAGAGGAGCUGCUGUGCCUUAAGAAGAACCACGAGGAGGAAGUCAACUCUCUGAGAAGCCAGAUUGGAGACCGCCUCAACGUGGAGGUGGAUGCUGCCCCAACUGUGGACCUGAACAGUGUGCUGAAUGAGACCAGGUAUCAAUAUGAAGCCCUGGUGGAGACCAACCAAAGGGAUGUGGAGGAAUGGUUUGCUGCACAGACUGAGGAGCUGAAUAAGCAGGUGGUAUCCAGCUCGGAGCAGCUGCAGUCCUACCAGGCAGAGAUCAUCGAGCUGAGACGCACAGUCAACGCCCUGGAGAUCGAGCUACAGGCCCAGCACAACCUGAGAAACUCUCUGGAAAAUACACUGACUGAGACCGAGGCCCGCUACAGCUCCCAGCUGUCCCAGUUGCAGUACAUGAUCACCAGUGUGGAAUCCCAGCUGGCUGAGAUCCGGUCCGACCUGGAGCGUCAGAACCAGGAGUACCAGGUGCUGCUGGAUGUCAGGGCCCGGCUGCAGAGUGAGAUCAACACGUACCGGGGCUUGUUGGAGAGUGAGGACUGCAAGCUUCCCCACAACCCAUGCGCCACCACCAAUGCUUGUGGCCACUCCUGCGGACCCUGUGGCAGCUCUCAAACACGUUGCUGUUAA